AUGGCAUGCCCGCGCAUGUCACCCAUCGGCCUCUUGCUCCCCCUCGCUCUCUAUUUCAGUUCUUUCAGAGGCACUCGCGUCCAUAGUGAUCGUGUCUACCUUCACCCUCCGGGUGUCAGCCGCCACCGUAGCGCCCCUUUGCCGGCCCUUUCACACGCGCCUCAUUCGGUUGCGCACGCACACGCGCAAAGCAGCCCCAAUCCAUUAUUGCUGGGGUCUGGGCCCUGUUCUGCGACCCGCCGCUCUGCCAUCCCGCCCUCUACUGCUUCCCUCCCCUACCCUUCCUUGACAAGAAGGCCGCGGGCAAAACGAGCAAAGAUGGGGUCGCUCCGCCUCAACGAGGUGUUGCGUUUUAUCUUCUUCUUUCGGCUGCAUGACUAUCUCCUGUGUAUCCUCUGCGGCCUAAUCGGCUUUGGCGUGGGCAGGGUGCGCCCGUACUGCCGGGAAUUUUCGUGGACAGAUCUGAGCAUCAACUUUCCCUUCAGCAAGAGCCCCGCGUUCCCGACAUGGACGUUGUUCAUCAUCUCCGCCGCGCCGCUUGUCGUCUACGUCCUCGGUGAGGCGAUGCGCCAUUGCUGGCUUGCACGCCGGCACGGCGGAAUUCUGGCCCACGAGCCGUACGCGGAGCACACACUGAUUUUGAUGGGGAGCCAACGCCAUGGUGGUGAUGGGGCAGAGAUGAGCAUGAAAGCGGGAUGGCAAGGCUCGGACUUCGAGGCACCGCCCCUGGCGCUCUCUUCCGACUCAUCGAAGCCUCAGAACUCGACCAGCGGGCGCGAACCAACCCAGGAGGUUGCAGGUUUGCUUUGA